AUGCGUCCCAGCAACGGUGACCACCACUCCUCUAGACCCUCGCGGUCCAGCGGUGGUGGUGGUGGCCCCAUGUCCAACCAUGUCCAGGUUGCCAAAGCCUAUGUCUUUGAACAACAGAUCCAGAAGGCUCUGCACGACACUGGAGUCAGCCAGGCCAGAGAAGACAGUAUCAGACUUGCUGGAGUGUUGUGGAUUGACAAUGUCCGAAGAGCUUUGAAACUUCCAGUCAAGACAUUCAACACAGCAGUCGUUUACUUCCAUAAAUUCCGCCUUCAGCACUCCGAUGGAGAAUACAGCUUCGUGGAUGCCGCUGCCGCAGCACUUUUCACAGCCUGCAAAAUCGAAGAUACCCUCAAGAAGUCGCGCGAUAUUCUCUGUGCCGCUCACAACUCCAAAGUCCCGCGUCAAGAACACCUAUCUCCUGACAAUCCGGCCUUCGAACACCAAUCGCGAACCAUAAUCGGCCUCGAAAGACUUAUGCUCGAAGCAUCGGGAUUCGAUUUCCGCAGUUCACAUCCUCAGCCAUUGAUGGUCAAGCUCGCAAAAAUGUACGAGUUCGACAAAUCAUCUCCCGUCGUACGCACCGCUUAUAGCAUAUCACUUGACCUCUACCGCACGUUUGCUCCUCUUAAGCAAACCAAUGCCACGUUGGCCUUUUCAUGCCUCGAACUCGCGGGACGCCUGCACGGCAUCGAACACCGUGCGAUCUGGCGUGGCGACGACUACCCAUCGUUCAAGAUCGGUCGUGGCGAGGUCAUGGAAACAUUGCUUGAUUUGUUAGAGCUGUACACACACCACCGUACCUCGACGGCGGUUGGACCGGAUUUUCCCGUGGAGAUUUUCCUUGAAGUCAGAAUCCCUCUUAACUUGGAGUGCGAGGAGAAGGCCAUCCCGCGAUACACGGCGUGGUUCGAAGGAGGAACGCAGAACCGCGGCAGUGCCAAUACCUCGAACGGAGCGACUGCAAAUGGAGACUACCCUCACAAUCGAAGCCGUGGGUCGAGCAAGAACGUAAGUCCAAAGGACGUCGCUAGCCCCAGCACGAACGCCAGCAGCAUAAGUACGGCGCCCACGAGUGGACCGCUUCCUGCAGGAGCGAGCACAACACCAACGGGAGCGGCCAUCAGGCAACGAAUGGGAGAGAGAGGCCGUGAAGGCACAGUCAGAUUCAUCUUGGAUCCGGAUAGAGAACGGGAAGAGAGAAGCAUCAUCGACCUGUACAAUCAGCCGUGA